CCCGUGCACGUGUCGCGCCCCUCGCCCAGCGGCAAAGAUGCGUUCUCCAAUCUUUCUUGUGCAUGCGUCUAGCCCGCUGCAGUCUACGCUGUCAGCUGUGCAGCGGCGGCGCGCCCAGCCGCCAGUGAGUGUGUGCAUCCGCCAAUUCUAGAGCCCAGCUGCGCUUGGCCGCUUUCGGCAAGCCUCCCACGGUGCUCAGGGACGCGCUGAGCCGUGUGAUGCGGGCGUGCAUGGCACAAGCUAAAUGCAGAUGCGCCGCGUAUUGCUUGCUUAUCGUAUGUGCGCAUGGCAGCACUGUGGUAUUUCGGGUUUGGGCGAAAAGGGUGGGGGAGUUUGGGACGUUGAGACGGGCGGCGUCCUGGAUUGACGAGGGCGAGCAGGCUGUUGGGGCAGAACAGCAGGGCGGCGAUAUACUCGGCUCAUCUAACGCAACGUCCAAGGUUUGCGGGCGCUGGCAAUUCGAAGGAAUUGGAGGCAGGACAGCCGGGCGCGGAGCUGCAGACGGCUAGCGCCGCCGCAGCGAUCGGAGGCCCUUGCCUAGAACGUUUUGGCCCUCCACCGG